AUGGACGAUCCAGGCUGGUCAUGGCCGGCCUGGAAAUUCGGCAUGAAGAGGGAUGACCUCUUUACCAAACUACACGAUCAGUACAACACCUUCACCUUCAACCUACAAGACCCCGAAGCUUUUCACCACGACGUCUACGAAAUCUCCCGCGAUGCUGAUACCACCGACGAGUUCCAUCGCUUGAUGGCCGACCGGCAGCGCCAGCGGAUUCGUGAGCUACAUGAAUCUCUCGAGUCCCUUGCUGUCGAGAUCAUCGCCAACCCCAAGCUGAUGGACUCUGAGCACUGGCAGUACGCACUCCAGCUCUUCCGGACCAAGUCGUUUGACUCCAUCGUCCGUUACUUUGCAAGUUACCUCCCCGACAACUACCUCGACCGUCAUGAUCAUCAAGAUCAUGACACUAUUUCUAUCGCAUCCUCAUCCUCCUUCUCCGAAACCAACAGUAUCAAAACCGAGGGCACCACGGCCAGCAGUGUCGAUGAUGCUCUCCCCAGUUUCUUUGAUGGCGAGUCCAUCAUGACAAAGGAACCUCUAUCUAUUCAUACCAAUAUUCGGCCCAUGACUGUUGAGGGCCCCCUCUCGCCUCCUCAUUCUGAGGCAGAGCACUCCGAGUCUUCAGCCUCAUCACCGGCUUGCUGCUCGGAGUCGCACGAAUACUCCUCCAACCCUCCCUCACGCUCCAUGUCGUUUUCUGGGUCAGAGUCAGGGCCAUUCGGCCCUGGCCUGACCCUGACACACGUUCACGACGAUGAUGAGACCUCGCAAUCUGACGAUGGUGACACAGCUGUCACCUCAGACUCGGAUUGCGCAGAGAGCCCGCCGCCGAUGGACAUGUUAGACGAUGGAGAGCAAUCUCACGAUACCCUUGACGAGGAGGAUCUGGAGGAGGACGAAUUUCCUACCGCUCAAUUUCCUGAAGAUGCUAGCGACGCUUUCGAUUUCUGUAACGAUACCCCAGAUUCCGACGACACUCCUACCCCCCGACAGGAGACCAUCGCGUCCUGCUACAUUGAGUACAAGUCCGUUGCGUCGUGGAGGAUUCCCUCUCACCGUCGCUCACCUUCACCCUCACCGAAGUACUCACCCUACCGCCGAGAAGGCUCUGCACUGAAGGACAUCCGCCGGAGUCCUGAGGAAGCACUCAGCAAGAUCCAGAAACCCAUGCUAGAUCCCGUAAAGAGACGGCCUGUGGGUAGAAGAAGGCUGGACUAG